CAGAACCGCGUCUGUGAAAGCCCGGAAUCCGGAAGCACCUAACAGCGGAUGUUUCCGUUAUAUCACUUCCGCUUCCUGCUACUAGCCCUAAAUCGGGCCAGGGCUCGGCGUUCGAGCUGGGAGUUGUGUCGUCGAUAAAUUCGAGGGGAAUUAGAGCCGCAGUCACGAUGAUUGAGGUUGUUUGCAACGACCGUCUCGGAAAGAAAGUCCGCGUCAAGUGCAACACCGAUGACACCAUCGGGGACUUGAAGAAACUGAUAGCAGCCCAAACUGGCACCCGCUGGAAUAAGAUCGUCCUUAAAAAAUGGUACACGAUUUUUAAGGACCACGUGUCUCUGGGAGAUUAUGAAAUCCAUGAUGGGAUGAACCUGGAGCUUUAUUACCAAUAGACGGGAAUCCUUCUCCUUGACUACCCUGCCUUCCUCUCCCACCCUCAUUUGACACUGGUAUAGAUGCACAUUUUUAACAGUUCACAUGAAUAAAGACUUUGAUGCUGCU